AUGGUCCUACUUUUUAGGGUUGUGACACCCAAGCGUGUCAACUGUCAUGCCGCUGUACGAUCUACCUUCCAGCUCAUCGUAUCAUCUCAGACUGGGUACAGCACUGUAGUUGCGUUCUGGGUCCUUCGUUCUGCGGUGCCCCAGUUUUUCUCCCACAAGCCGCUCCGGUUCUGCGAGUCAGGUUCCCUCGGUGUAUCCCCGAGUCGUAUGGGUGUUCCCAAGCGCGACGUUGAGCCAUGGAGCACAAAUUUUAACCUCGAUUUUCACUCGCCGAAAGCUGCAAAGAGGUUGCGCCUCUCUGACGCCUUGAACGACAAGUUCUUCAACGACAACGAGGGUGUAUCGGACUGUCUGACCGAGUUGACCCUAGGUCUUCCGAAACCUCCCGUUGUAGCUGCAGAAAAGCCGUCGCUUUCCGACUUAGGCGACGAUUUGCUCCUUCACAUUUUCCAGCUCGCGCAGCCCACCGCCUGGGACCUCUGCCGCAUGGCGUGCGUGAAUAAGACUUGGCGCGAGCUCUCUUACAACCAGAUUUUCUGGACGAAGCUACGGAUUGGCCCUGGGAGCAUGCGUCCGGGAGUGGAGCAGCUCGCAGCACGGUGCACGAACCUGGUGGAGCUGCAUAUUGACGAUCCUCGCUGCGAGCUGCACGUGCUCCAUCCGAUCAUUAUGGCUUGCGGUAGCUCUCUUCGUCGAAUCGUUAUCGACUGCGACCGGGAUAACACGAGCCGCAACGAGGCAUCAAUAUGCAGCGUUCUUUGGAUCGUAAGCCUCUACUGCAGCAAUGUUGAAAGCGUGGAGCUCAUUUCAGACGGAAAGCAAGGCAACUUCACGUACUUGGAGAACAAGGCGAUGUGGUACCUCACUUCGGGCUUCCGCCACAUCCGCAGCUUUGCCUGCUUGUGCCAGAACAGCCUGUCGAAGCAAGCCAUUUACCUCAUGGUCAUUGCAUGGCGGGAAUUGACGUGCCUUCGCAUCCACUGCGGAGCCCUUGGAACAGACGAUCUCAUGGCUUUGCGUAAAUGCUACUCCCUGCGGGUUCUGGAGCUGGUUGGUGGUAACCUUGGAAAUCUCCUCAGCAGCACCAGCGAAGCUGUCAUGCAUCGGGACCUUGAGAUCCUGGUGUUGACGAAGAUGGUAUGUGGACUGGAGGACAUCGCUAAGGCUUCGUUGCUGUGCCCCAAUUUGGCGAAGAUUGUUGUGCGAAAUUCUUCGCUACUUGCUGGUGGCUCAGUCGACAAUCCCGCGGCCCAGGCGAAAGCCGUUGAGGAGUUGCGAAAGUGGCUGCUUGUGCAGCGAAAUGUCGAGCUUGUAGUCGACGAGGCUUGA